UAUACUUAAUUGUAAGAUGAUAGGUGUAAAUGAUUUUUACAAAGUAAUGUGUGCAAUGGUUCCAUUAUACUUUGCUAUGAUAGUGGCAUAUGCUUCAGUAAAGUGGUGGAAGAUAUUCUCGCCGGAGCAAUGCUCCGGCAUCAACCGUUUCGUCGCGGUAUUCGCCGUUCCGGUGCUAUCCUUCCACUUCAUCUCCCAGAAUAAUCCUUACCUAAUGGACACAAAAUUCAUAUUGGCUGAUACUUUGUCAAAGAUUUUGGUUCUUGUAUUGCUCUCAGUUUGGGCCAUUUGUAAAGGGCAGUUGGAUUGGCUUAUCACUCUUUUUUCUGUUUCAACUUUGCCUAAUACUUUAGUUAUGGGCAUUCCUUUGCUUAAUGCCAUGUAUGGUGAUUUCACUCAAAGCCUCAUGGUUCAACUUGUUGUCCUUCAAUGCAUUAUAUGGUAUACUUUAUUAUUGUUCUUGUUUGAAUAUAGAGCUGCCACUAUAUUAAUCAAAAAUCAAUUCCCCGGCAAUGUUGCUGCAUCCAUAACGAAAUUCGAAAUCGACAAUGACGUCAUCUCACUAGACGGCCGGAAUCCACUUUGUACGGAAUCAGAAAUCGACGGUAACGGACGUAUCCACGUCCGUAUCCGUCGAUCCACGUCAUCGGCACCGGAAUCCGCAUUUUCAUCCUCUAUAGGGAUUACACCUAGGGCAUCAAAUCUCUCCAAUGCUGAAAUUUUUUCCGUUCAUACCCCUUUACAUAACGGGGAUAUCCCGUUUGGGCAUGGAGACCUGGGCGUCGGGUUUCGUGCAGCGAGCCCUCGGUUGUCUGGUGGGUACGCGUCUUCUGACGCGUACUCGCUGCAACCGACGCCCAGAGCCUCCAAUUUCAAUGAAUUGGAUGUGACAACAAGUGGGAAUACCCCAAUGUGGGUAAUGUCCCCAGUGGCUGGUAAGGUGUUUAAGCAAGCGUCUCCAUCUAGUAAAAUGGCGUGGGAGUCUUCAUGUUUAAAUGGAGAGAGACAAGGGUACAGAGAUGAUGUUGGAGAAAAGGAAAUCAGCUUUAGAGAUAUAUCAAAUUUCCCAGUGCAAGAAGUUGGAGCUGCAGAUUCAUCAAAUACAAAUAUUAUUAAACAAGAAAUGCCUAAUGCUUUAGUGAUGCUAAGGCUCAUUAUCGUUAUGGUUGGCAGAAAACUUUCUCGUAAUCCAAAUACUUACUCCAGUAUUUUAGGACUUCUAUGGUCUCUUAUCUCAUUCAAAUGGAAUGUAGGGAUGCCAAGUUUGGUAAAAUAUUCCAUUAAAAUAAUUUCAGAUGCAGGCCUUGGGAUGGCAAUGUUCAGUUUAGGGUUGUUCAUGGCACUUCAACCUCGAAUAAUUGCUUGUGGUACUAAGAUGGCAGCAAUAGGGAUGGCCAUAAGAUUUAUAGGUGGACCUCUAGUAAUGUCAGCCGCUUCUAUUGCCGUUGGACUUAAAGGAGUUCGACUUCAUACCGCAAUUGUACAGGCAGCUCUUCCCCAAGGAAUCGUUCCAUUUGUCUUCGCUAGAGAAUAUGGGUUGCAUCCAGACAUACAAAGCACAGGGGUUAUAUUCGGGAUGUUGGUUUCAUUACCAGUAACCCUUCUUUAUUAUGUCCUUUUGGGGCUAUAAAAGAAAAAUAUUAAGAAAAUCUUUGGCCCCCCCAUGCGGAUAAUUAUGGUGUACUUACUUUGAUCUAACCAGAACUUUGACAAGUAAUUAUAUAUUUAGAGUACUCAUACAUGGAUCAAGUUUCUUUUCUUGGGUUCCAAUUUUGUAAAAGUUAUGAAGAUUAUUGACUUAUGAAAAUUUAAUCAUCACUAUUAUUAGUGUCUACUUAGAUAGUGAUAGCAAAAUUAUGUAAAAGAUCUUUUGGGCCAACAAAUGUACUGUUUUCUGUACUUUCUUUAGUACAAUACUAUAAUAUAUGUAGUUUAGUGGUAACCGAAAGGGAAUAAAUUGUUAUUAUGUUCU